AUGAUGUUUGCUUUUUGUUUUGCUGCUAUUAUAGCAGUAGUUCAGAGUGGUGAACAAGAUGUCGUGGCAUUUACUAAAGGUUUGGUGGCCCAUGCCCAUUUAACACAAGGCGACUUAGUAACCUAUAACAAGGACAUUACAAAUAUCAAUGCCGUGUUUACAAGCGAUGGGAAAUUCCAAGUCCAAAUACCAGGCAUUUAUUCCUUCCAUUUCUACUCAUUAAGUAGAAGCGAUUCUGAGAUUUGGUUGGAGUUUCGUAAGAAUGAAGACUACGUUGCUUCUAUUUAUGCCUACACAGCUAGUGAUUGGGCUGAUGCUGGGAACACCAUAGUACUGGAAUUACAGGCUGGUGACACAAUUUUCGUCAAAGCUGUUGAGGAUUACGACAACUCCUUAUAUGGGGCAGCUGGUGAAAUCUAUACGACUUUCACAGGAGAGCUUAUGUUUUCUGAAAAAUCUGGUGUUGCAAACCCUAUAGCAUUUUCCGCCGGACUCACGAAAAACAUCUCAUUGCCAAGCGGAACCAAUGUACUGUAUGAUAAAAUUAUAACAAAUGCUGGUAAUGGUUUUGAUAUAACCACCGGAGAUUUUGUGGUCCCACAAGAUGGCACCUAUAUGAUUCACUUUAACUCUUUGUCAGAAUUAGGAAUGGAAAUGUGGUUGGAACUAUAUCUUAAUGAUCAAUAUAUCAACUCCGCAUAUGGUCAAGCUCCCCAUACAUGGGCAGAUGCGGGAAACAGUGUCAUCUUGGACAUGAAAUCAGGGGAUCGAUUAAGGGUGAGAGGCAGAAAAGGAGAAAACAUUGUCCUGUAUGGACAGCCAGAUGAAAUUUAUUGUAUCUUUUCUGGUGUUAUGUUGACAGCGAAGAACGCUCCAGCAGCUGGUGCGAAUGCUGGGCAAAUACAGGCAUUUGCUGCAGGUCUUACAAAAAAUCAAAACAAUGGCGUAACAACUACAAAAGUCACGUGGGACAAAGUAUACACAGACCAUGGUAGCAAUUUCAAUCAAACAAGUGGUGUCUUCACCGCUAAAAUUUCUGGUGUCUAUGUGUUCAACUACCAUGGCAUGGGACAACAAGAUGAAGAGGUUUGGCUGGAACUAUACCAUAAUUAUGUCUACGUUAAUUCCCUUUACGGACACGCAACUCAUGGUUGGGCUGGCGGCAGUAAUUCCGCUGCGCUUUAUUUGGCAACAGGGGAUACUGUCUAUGUAGAUAUGAAAGACCAUUCAACGAAAAUGUAUGGGGAUGUUGAUCAAAUUUAUUGUACAUUUUCUGGAUAUCUUCUAGCACCUAUGAUUAAAGGAAGUCCAAUUGUUGGAAGAUAA